CGUCCAGGUUACAGGUUACGCCUAUCGCGGUGCAUCGUAAACACGUCCAGCUGAUCAGAUUUCUGUCAAAUUUCGAAUGUGAACCGGAAUUUGGGCCUGGAUUGGAUUUUGAGAUGGGCAUCUACAGCGUUUACAUCGUUUCAAAGUCUGGUGGACUGAUUUUCCAACACGACCACUUAGUGCCAAAAGUGGAAACGGAGAAAACCUGCAGUUUUCCGCUCGACAUCAAACUCAUUUUUGAAAACAAACGCAUCGUCGUCAACUAUGGGCAGAGAGAUGGAAUUAUGGUUGGGCAUCAGCUGCUGGCCAUCAACGGAGUUCCGGUGACCGGGCGAGUCCUGGAGGAUGGCAGAGAUGCUCUAGAUAUGCUAGAUAAGCCGGAAAAUUAUCCAGUUAACUUGAAGUUCGGCCGGCCAAAGAUGACGACGAACGACAAAUUGUUUCUGGCCAGCAUGUUCUACCCGCUUUUCGCGAUUGCCAUUCAAUUGAGUCCCGAGCCCAAGAGCUCUGGAAUUGAAGUCUUAGAGGCGGACACGUUCAAACUGCACUGCUACCAAACCCCUACAGGGGUGAAAUUUAUGGUGAUUUGUGAGCCUUCCCAGCAAGGCAUGGACAUUCUUCUCAAGAAAAUUUACGAACUUUACGCCGACUACGCUCUCAAAAACCCUUUUUACUCACUAGAAAUGCCAAUAAGGUGUGAGCUUUUUGACACAAAUUUGCAAUCUCUGCUAGAAACCGUUGAGAAGUCUGGUCUCAGUAAUGUUUGAGUGAUUGAUGACUGAAAGUGUGAAUGAUCUGUGGUGUAAAUAAAAAUCCAUUCCAAAAAAUCGACU